GAUGGUAGGCAGGGGUUAGGAUAGCCUAGCCCACUACGAAGAGAGAGAGAGCCGAGCAUGCAGGGUUUGUAGGAGGGGCCUAAACGGUAAUCUCUUAUAUUGAGAUCUCGAGCCGGUGGCUGGGAGAAUUUGUAUUUUAUCCUGAAUUUGAACAGUAGCUGCUGUCACCAUCCAUCCACCUCUUGCACCUGGCAAUACACCUGCCGUUACCGACAACACUUGCACGAGACCUCCAGGCUUCACUAACGCUGUAAAGAUGAAGAUUGAGAACAGCCUGCCCCGCCCCCAGCUCCCCGAGACCCCUCCCCAGACGGGCCUCCAGUUCACCGUGGCGACAGAGGAGGACUUUGAAGAGAUCAUGGCGAUGAGCCAGGACAUCUAUGGAGGGCUGGACUACCUGCCGACCCGCUACACCGCCUGGCUGUCCGAGUCCAACCGCACCGUCAUACUGGCCCGCAAGCAGGGCAAAGUGAUUGCCCUGGAGUCAGUGUGUGUGAUAGAUGACGGUGACACCAUGCUGGUGGAGGGGUUACGUGUGGCCCCGCAGGAGAGGGGGAAGGGCGUGGCAGGGGUGCUUCUGCGGUUCUGCUCUCAGCUGGUCAAGUCCAAGUGGCCUGAGGUGAAGGUGACCAGGCUGACCCGCGACGACCAGCUGGGGCCCAAGGACUUUCAGAAGUACCGCCUCAUCACCAAACAGGGCAUCCUGCUAGUUCGCUUCAAUGCCGAAGACCUCAAGCUCCGGCUCUCCGAACUGGGGCUGCAUGUGACCCUCCCUCCCUCCUCUGAGGGUACCUCCCAGAGUUCUGACACCCCCCUGGUUCCCCCGGUCCUUCUGGACCUCAACGAGGCCCACCAGAUGUUCCUCAACUCUGGCCUGAUGUCCAACGUACUCCCUAACGCUACCAUCGUCCAGGACUGGCAGCCGUUCAAGCCCCUACCCAGCAACAUGGCCAUUCUUCUGAAGAAGGACAUCGACUGGAUGGUGGACGACCGCGACGUCCCCGCCGUGGCCAGCCUCUGCACCCACCCCUUCCGGGUGCCUGGAGGUCCUUACCGAGUUGGUGACGACACGUACUACCUCAACAUCGACGUGUUCGGUAAGGACAUAGGCCUGGUGCUUCAGCAGUUCCUGAGUCACCUCCGGCGCCACACAGCCACCCUGAAGGGCUACGUCAUGUGUCAGAUGUUUCUGGAUCCCCCCAUGUGGAAACCCAUGGUUGAAUUCUGUCGCCAGACACUGAAGGUGGAGCUGGUUAAGGAAUAUACAGAGCAGUGCGUGGUCGAGUCGGAUGUCAUGUAGCUGGCAGAAGAGGAAGGAGGAAGAGGAAGAGGAGAAACAAUAUGAAGGAAAAAACGGGAAAAGUUGACAAAUUCAGAAAAUGUUUCAGAGACCCAACGAAUGAACAAACAACAUUCUCUUUAGAAAAUGAAAUGGGGAAAGUUCCCAAAGAAACUUCGGAACGAUUAGCAACAACCUCCUUAAGCAAGUCUAUAGUGAAACAACUUAGAAGCCGCGUUAGAUUUGCAAUAUAUUUGAUAUUAACACUACCGCUAACAAAAAUAUUUUAGGAAAAAAGGCAGUUAUUUGAAAUACCUUUUGACAAAUUAGUUUCAAUUAAUUUCUCAGUCUUUUACCAUUCAGUCAUCGCAAAAAUCUAACUCUUAACAACAGUAGUAACUUCAUGCUAAUGUUACUCCUUUAAUAAAAUAGAAAAUGCAAGCUAGUUUAUGGUAUGUUAUGCCGUUUAAUCCUUUUUUUUUGUAAAUAUAAAGUAUAAAUAUGUACACAUUCUGAAUUGCAAAUAAGUCUGCACAACUCUUGAGGCACUUUAUUAAACCAUAUGAGCUGUUGUGCUAAAGUGCGAGUGAUGAAGUGAGGAAGAGAGGAGUUGGUUUACUUUUAGAGAUGACUGAAUUGAACUGAUUUAGAACGCAUCACUCCCAUCCAUAGUCAUGGUAGAAAUCCUUUUGGACUUAUUCUAUCUAACACCAAAUCCCCAAAUACUGUCGAACAAACAAUAGACCUUCAGUGAAUCCUACAGAGCAUUUGCACGCUUAUAAUUCACACUAAAUGGCUGAAACGGAACAGAUAGAAACACACUUAGCUCCACUGAAACCUGGCCAGUUAACUUUUAAAACAAUUUAGUUGUCUUCGUUGUUUGUUUUUUUAACAGUCACUCAGUUGUUUUGUUUUUUUAAGCACUUAACCAUAUUGCUAAUUUAUAGCUACUUUUCCACGCGUACUUGAAUGCGUCAGUAGUACGUAAAGAGGUAAUAUAUUAACAGCAGAAGCUUUCUGGAGGCUGUCGUAUAACAAUGUGAAAUCUAAGUUAACUCUAUAGUAGAUUGCUAACAAUGUGAAAAAAGGUAGAUGUACUAUACAGUAUUCCGCAAAGACUCAAACAAUUGAACUAAUAUAGUUGAGAUUGACUUAGCAUUAACAACAUUGUUCGGUAGCUAGAGACAUAUUUCAACGGUAAACGUCGCCAUCACAAAUAUUAUCUGACAGCCUUUGUAAAGGUUCAAUUCUAGUCCCUCGUGGUUGUUGAAAACAUCAACAUAGAUACUACAGUCACUCUAAGACACUUCAUAUCCACUCUACGAAGCUGCGUAGCCACCCUAAGAAGCUUCAUAAGCUUUGGCACGUGGUAAGAGCUCAGCAAAGCAAAUGGGACACAGUUUGCUCUCCAAGGCCUCAUAACCACUCUACAAAGCUUCAUAGCCACUCUACUAAGCUUUAUAAGCUUUUGGCUCUUUGCUCUUGAACGUUCCCUUUAAGAAGUGAUGCUUUUGACAUGACGUAGCACUGAACGAGUCUACAUUGCAACCCCCAAAUUGAGACUGAAGCCAUCUAAAACCACUACAGAAGAGAGACUGGACAUUCUAUGGACUCUCCAACCUGCCCUCGUUGUAAAAGGUACCUUGUUGUAAGGGAUGAAUUGGAUGGCGGAAGAGAAUAUCUUUUUUAAUUUUUUUGGUACACUGACCCUUGUCUGGACACCCCAUCUGUCAUCCUCCUGUCUUUCCGAGACGAACGGUUAAACACACUCACACAUGAUGAACUGAAGGAUUGGACUGGAUCGAUAUCGGACGAUGGAUGGACAAGAUGCCUGGAGAAAGUGGAAUGAAGAAUGAAGCAAAUGUCAUACCGGAUUCCAUAUUCGUCAAAGCAAAACAGAAACAACGAAACAAUGCUUUGUAAAGGCUGAUGAUGAUUUUCUCAGUUCUUUUGAGAAGCACUUUCUAUUUUUUUCCACCCAUUGAAGAAGCAAAGCUGGACUGACCCACCUUUUUUUUGCUGCAGCUAGUCGUGAGGAAGAGGAAGAUAAAGAUUUUCAGCAACCCGAAUCCAGUGGUGAAGAGUAGUACACAAGCAAUCCCACAUAGAUGUAUUUUUUAACAAGAUUGGCAUUCACAUUCUAGCCCAUUUACAUCUACCCAAUGCAUACACUCCACCCCCACCCGUCUCUAAAGUCUUACCCCUACCCCACAUACGAAACCCCACAUGAACCCCCCCCCCCCCCAGACAAAUAAUUUCUGAGAAAUUCUCCAUGAUAUGGGAAGGUCGAGCUUUUCCUCACAAUCAAGAACAACCCCUCUCUCAUUCUCUCGUUCUUCAUGAAUAGAUUCAAGACCAAUUAAAAGCCACUGAGUUUAAAACAUCCUUAUGUAGAUUAUCGUCAACUCUUGGCUGGUCAAAGGUAAGGGGCCCUGGUUGUGCUGUCAUAUCCAUGCUGGCCAUCUGGUGUAUGUAAAUGGUCUUGGAGAGCCUGCUUUCCUGCUGCUAGUGUGUGAACAGAGGACCAGAUGAUGAGGGUUUUAACUAUUCAUGAAACUUAAGUAAAACGUUAUUAACCUAAUAUAAACAUUACUUGGCUUCUUGUUCAUCAAACCUAUUCAGAAAACCGCCGAGUUACUUGUGGCUCCGUAGGAUACAUAAGUGAGCAAUAGUUUUAAGUUGGUGUUGGACGUUCGUGAGUAGAGAUCCGUGUAUUUACGGGAAAGCCAUUGAGAUGGGAGCGGAGGAGCUCAUUUGUCUCUCUGAGGAGACGGAAGAGUGUAUCUCUUGUUUGACAUUUGAAAACUAUCCUCUUUUCCCUCCAGUCCAGUUCCACACCCCAUAUCUGUCUUGUUGUCUGCCUGUCGGUCUGUCUGCACAACUGGCAAAUAGGAAGCAGUUCUACUGUUCCUUCCUGGUCUCCGUAACAACGGAGCUUCCUGGUCUCCGUAACAACGGAGCUCCCUGGUCUCCGUAACAACGGAGCUCUCCGUUCUUAAAAGCAUCCGAAGUGACAGUGAGGGGUGUGAUAUAGCUAUCUUACAGUAACAUGGUGUCAUGGUAGUGGGACGCCGGUGGACGUUGCAUGGUCUCAGAUAGACCGUGUUGUAUUGUAUACCCAUAAUACCUUGCAAGGUCCACAGACCCACGGAUCCAAUGAUUUUCCAAGACCAUAUGGCUAAAUUGGAUACCACAGCACAACCCAAGGAUACGACAGGGAGGAUGUAUUUGGUUGGAGGGUGAACACGCUAGGUAAACUUACUAUAUCUGAUAUGAUACGCACGCACGCACACACACACACACAUACACGCAUCAAAUCCACACAAAAGGAAAUUGCAACCUUCCCAAAAAAACUACCCCUCAGCCCCAUCACGCCCAUGCAAUCUAUUGCCCAGAUGCCCACUUACCCCCGCAACAACAUGCCCUAAUCUAUGUUGUAUCUACUACCACAGAGACAAGGUUGUUGUCAUACAAACUGCCUCAGUGCCCAACAUACCCACCCAGGAAAGACUGUCUAUACCCAUGUUCUCCAUCUUCACUUAGACUAUACAAACGGUUGUCUGGUGAAUUGGUGGUUUGUCUGUGUCGUCUAGUAUAUUUAUAUAUAUUUGACCUACAGAUAUGUGCACAGUAUUUCAGAGGGAUGUUGGAUUCAGUAGGUAUAUUUUGUCUUGGGACUUAUUUGAUUAUUUGUAAAGGUAUGUUGGGUUGUGUGUUUGAGGGAAAGCUGGAAGGACAAAGUUUGGUAGAGACCCAAAGAGAUUGGAUUGGUUCUAGACUGCUUCACAAUGAAUUUGUCUCCCGUCAGAUAAUUCAGAUUGAUCAAAAGACUCUACAGCAGAUAAUCCACGCUGAUCUAUCCUUGUACUCAGAGAUAUUCUCUAGAGAAGUACAAGUCAUCCACUGUUCUGAAACAUUCUAAACAAACUCUCCUCCCUCCCUUGUCCCCCAGAGCACACAAACACAGCAAAGAGAAUGAAUGGUGUUUAACCAACAGCCUUGGAAAUAGAUACGGUCUAUCUUUUAGGCUUUCCUAAAGCACUGUGUAGUAGUGUGUGACAUGCACUUUACAUGUGAAAGCUACUGUAUGGAUAUGCACUAAACCAAGAAGAGGGUACUUCAUACUCUAACCAUCCCUGAUAGCGCUGAUUUGAUUAAGGGUUUUUUUUAUACAGCGAGGUUACUGUUACUGUGCUACCAUUGAGUCGGAUCUCGGUCUAAUGAUGGUAAAGUAAGCAUUUUGUUCAGCCCGAUUCAUUCGCCCUCUGCCGCUGUGAUUCUGUUGGGGAGGGCAGCAGUGCAGCGAAUGAAACGGGGGUCUGUUCAAAAUGAUUGAUGGAGUGUUGGGAAUGGAAUGGAAAGAUGAACGGGAACACUCGAUAGUGUUCUAAUGUUUUCUGUCUCGCUGUCGUCAACGGCGAUGUUAAUCAGCCAUGGUUACAAUCGCCACGGUUACGCAACUCAGAGCAAAGAUAAGAUCUCCGUUGUGAAUGAAUUCUUUCUCGUUAUGAAUCUGAUUAGAUGCUUAAUUGGUUGAUUAAACAUAAUAGUCAUACAUACUCAUUAUUGAUCACAUUUGAUGUACAAACAGUGCUUUGAUUUACAAUUCUGGUGACUGUUGAUGGCUGGUUAUCAUCUUGCUGUGGGUUUGUGUUCUCCAAUUGUACAAAUUGUUCAUUUUGUCUGAGAUUCUUUAGUUUGUAAAAAUUAUUUAAUCUUCUACUAAUUAUUUCCUCUUAUCUAACCAGUAUUUUUCCACCAUCCAUUUUUUCUCAUUUUAAAUCCUCACCCAUGUUCACCUUGUUCUUAAAACCACUCAACAUUUAAUCUCUUUAAAUCUAGAUUUGGUCAUUUUGAAUGCAGAGAUGGUUGUUAUUAAAAGCCUGAGCUGUCAUGAAGUAGAUAGAGCAGAGACGUGUUACAGUUGUUAGCAUUUUGUCUGAUAGGGAAGCAUGAAAGGUGCCAUGGGAUGUGUUUCAAACACAGGGAAGAUGUAUUGUCUCGAACCUGUAUUGGUAACAUUGCUUGUUCCCAGAUCUGUAGGUGUUUCAGCCAUCUCCUCUGUCUAUGACAGUCAGAGAAAGUUGAUUAAAACACAUACUGAUCUGGGACCAGUCUAGUGGCUAGUGGUAGCUAUGCUUGGUGGUGGAGAAGGAGAGAGUAAAGGGCGUUUAGGAAAUGGCUUUUCACUUCUUUUUUUUCUUGGCCUGGUCGCAAAGACAGACGAGGGAAGGAGAGAUGGAGGGAGGUCAUCGAGGAUAUGGGGUUGAGGGAAGGAGAGGUCAGGGAGAGCAGGAGGGGAAGGAGGGAUGGUGUGGGGGUUGUGGAAGAGGAGAUUAGAGUAGAGUAACAGGAGUCGCUCUCUCUCUCUUUAUUAUUGCAUUACCACUUUGGUAAUUAAAGGGCGUAAGAGGUUGGAAAAACCAGGGGCGGAUGGUUACAGUAGGAACUGUAGACUCUACUGUACCCCAGGCACCCUGAAAACAUUCCGUGAAGCCUUGUAGCCACACUAAGGUGCUUUAUAACCACUCUAUGAAGUUCCAUACUGUAGAGUCUCAACUUUUACCCACAUGUUUGUGGGUAAAAGUUCAGGCAAAAACGUGGGGGGGGGGGGGAGACAGAGAUAGCAACAGAGAGGAAGAGGUGAAUGACAACUGAGGACGAGGCCAGUCAAACUAUUUAUACAUACAUACUACCAUUGACAUGUAUCCACACUAUGUGUCCUUGUAGACACUUCAACAGGGCUCUCCAACCCUGUUCCUGAAGAGCUAUCCUCAUGUAGGUUUUCGCUCCAACCCUGUUCCUGAAGAGCUAUCCUCAUGUAGGUUUUUGCUCCAACCCCAGUUGUAACUAACCUGAUUCGGCUUAUCAGCCGGUGAUUAGAAUCAGGUGCGCUAUUUUAGGGUUGGGAGUGAAAACCCACAGGACGGUAGCUCUCCAGGAACAGGGGUACAGCCUGUGUCUCAUUGGCAGUGCUGUGAGUGAUAGGUUGUCUUUUCUGGUCACCAGUUAUUUCGACUGGGUUACAUUUUUCACACAACCAGUGUUGUGUUCACAUCUGCUAUCCAGGGCAACUAGAGAACCAGGAAGUCAAGUGAAAGCGCUAUGCUGUUCUGUAUGCAGGGUGAGGCUGUGUCCGGAAUGACACUCUAUUCCCUAUGUAGUGCACUAGUUUUGACCAGAGCCCUUAUCAAAAGUAGUGCACUAUAUAGGGCAAGGAUGGGCAACUGGCGCCGCCCCCUUUUGAUGGCCCUCGGAUCAAUUCAGUUGGCAUCUUAACUUACUGUUGCAAGUUAGAAUAGUAGAAUACACAAGGUUCUCUACUCUGCUGGCCAGUAUUUAUCUCCGCUCAUACACAAGUAAUAAAGGGCUAGUGUACUAAUUUGAUGGAGAAAAUUUAUUUUAAUAUAUACAAAUUUAAAUUCGAUUUUUCAUGGGGUGUUGAAGUACUCUCAGCACCCCUACUUCCCGCAGCUAUGCAAACAUUUCUCUCCACCCCAUGGCAAAAUGUGUAGAAUUGCAAAAAAGUACCUCUAAAAAAUUCUAAAAUGUUCUCUCAGCUGUCAAGAGGGGGGCUGCUAAAAUAAUUUGCUGCCAAUGUGGUGGGGGGUACGCACAUAUGGGUACGCAGACCCACAAGUAAUUGUGGUCCCUCAUGACGAGUUCCGUGUCCCCAACCCCAUCAAAGUUGCCCAUCCCUGAUAUAGGGAAUUUCAGUUUCAGACACACGGUCAGGGUUUCCUUCCAAGACUAAAAUACAUUUAAUCCCCUAUGGGGAGGUAAGAACCAGCAAGGUUUGUAUUUAUAUAUAUAUAGACUAACUCCACAUGGAGAUGGAGUUGAAGGCCCAUCGCCUGCUGAUGGCAGGAUAAAUGAUACAGUAAGGGGCCCUAAACACACACACACACACACACACACUUUACAUGCGUCGACGUGAACACAGGCAGGAAUGUCUAUUCCUCUCCUGAACUGCUUACUGCUUACCCAGCGACACUGAAGAGGCUCCGCGACAGUUAGCUAGAGUUUCAGCCAGACUUUCUCCCCAUGUGUGUGCGUGCAUGCCUGCGUGUGUGUGCGUAAUCUGUCGAUGUGUCGCAGUGUCUGGUUGCACGGGGAGAGAGACAGAGACCCUUUUCAGUCAAAUAGGGCAAUGGUCUCCUUACCGAACCACCUGAUCCGCUACUGUCUCAGCGGGUUGUGAAUGGAAAGACUCCUCCUCCGUCCUAAUUGGCACCCUAUUCCCUCUGUAGUACACUACUUUUGACCGGCUCUGAUCAAAAGUAGUGCACUAUGUAGGGAAUAUGGUUCCAUUUAGGACAAUGGCUCUGUAAAGAGAGAACAGGAGAAGGGGAAUAAGAGGAGAAGGGGGGGGGGGGGGGUUAGGAAAGAGAGAUGUGUAGGGUUUUUCGGACGCUUAUCUCGAGUUUGGAAGGGGAGAAGAGGGAACGGGGGGAGAGGUUAGGAAGAGAGAGACUUUUUCAGAUGCUUGUCGUGGGUUUUGGAGAGAGCCAGACGGAUACCUACUGUCUACUUUUAUGGCUGUUGGAAGCCGCUGCUGGUGGAUGUGGUUUUGGCUCAAUUGCGUGAAGCUCUGGAUGUUGGAAUGGACUCUGUGUCGAGGGUAUAAUGACAGGAUAAUAGUCAUGAAUGGGUAAAUUAUAGCUAGGCUUGGAAUGGAUUCAGACAGUGCUGCCAUUGAUAUCGAGUAGCCAGGAGUAGUGUAGUUGUACACAGACAUGCACAUGUAAUACACACAUGUAACAUAUGUAAUACACACAUGUAACAUAUGUAAUACACACAUGUAACAUAUGUAAUACACACACAAGCACAUACUGUAACAUGUCAAAUUGAUCAUAAUCCCAUGUUUCUAUAUUUUCUAAAUGGAUGAAAGCACCUACCCAUAAUGCGUGUUUGAUCAUCGCCCUGUCCCGGGAAAGUGGUUUUUACAUUUGUUUUGUUUUCCUUUGUUUUUUUUCAUCCCCUCUUAAUCUCAGUCAAAGACAGAAAUGCAGGCGUAAGUUUGUGUCAAAAUGUUGCCCACGCCUGUGAAAAGUAAUUAAGACGAGAAGCACAAAUGAAAGCUUCAUGUUUGCAAAUGAUACAUUCAACUGGAACUGUCAUUCAAACAAAACACUUUGAACUGAAACCACAAGCAGAACUAAGAGGUUUCAAGUCUUUUCCUCUUCAUUUCCUUUCCGAGGGGGAGAUAAAAGAAAAUGAUAUAAAGUGACUACUUGACCAUACCGCCCCAUGCCAAUGUCUCUUCGAAACUGUGAACAACUACUGUAUUGUGCUUUUGUGCAUUUUAUAUGUUAUGAAAAAUACUGUAAGGAACAUGGGAGUGGAAGAAACCCUAGGAAUAGAAACAUGGCGGCCAUUACCAUUGAUUUGAAUGGGGAUGGCCAUUCUAGGUAUUCUAUCUCUAUGGGUGAAACGCAACUGGACCCUCUACCCCAUUUAUCUGUGACCAUGCAUAUAGCCUCUGUGUUGUGAUAACUAAUCGUGCGAACCGUGCUAUGUGCAUGUUAUCCAACCCAAAGUAGCACUGACUGUCUUGCACAUGAAAUACAGUAUGUACCCCUGUUGCAUACAUUCAUGUGUACAUUGUAAAUAGCCUAAAAAUCUAUCUAUCUGAAAGGAAGUCUGAAUAUGGACUUUUAGAAGAAGACAAGACACACCAUCUUGUAAUUUUGUAUGUUUGAACAGUUUAAAAGAGGUUUUAGAUGCUAUAUGCACUUUAAGAUUAAAACAAACACGAAAACAGUUUCCGGUUGCGUAUCCAUACCCAAGUUCUGGAAAAAUGUUAAGUGGGAUUGAUUUUUCUGUAACACCAGACUGGGGUGGGGGGAUUUCUGUGUAACACCAGACGUGGUCAUUCAGUGGGGUUUCAUUCAAUUCACUUCAAAGGUCUCAGAGCUUCCUGAUCAAAUGUUCCACCACCACAUUCAUUCCUCAGGUAAUCUUGAGUGAAUACUCUUACUUAACUCCCUUUCCUUCUUUCUUUCUUAUUUACAUCCAAAGAUGUAAAGCAAAGAAACAGCAUACUAUGAUAUUAUUCUCCCUAUUAAGUGGAAUAAUCCCACCCGAAUACUGGGGUGUUCUGGGUCCAAAUGUCAGUUAAAGUCAAACCAAAGUCUUCUCAGAUGGUCUCCCAGGCAACACAACACAGCCCCAUCUGUCAAACUAUACUGUUGUUAUAACGUCACAAUCAGACUUGAUUAUUUAUAAUAUGAAGGUCGAAACACAGCUUCUCUGUAUGACCUACUGUAAAAAAUCUACAGGAAAAAAACAUCACCGUAAAUGUAUAUGUACAGAAAUUGAAUGAUGGCAAUUACUGCUGUGCCUGAAAGUGACUCAACAAUCUCCUUUAUUAGAAAUAAUAAGAGAUAUUUUGGAGAUUCCAAGAUUAGAUGUAUCUGGAGACGCCUUUAAAGUGAACAAAUAGACAGCUUUUGGUCAAAGACAUGGCCAUUGCUGUUCACGAUUGUUUUUAUUUUUCAACAUCAAAAAGUCAAAAAGCGGCAAAAUAUUCACACCUACCUUGCCAAACUUUCCCUAUAGGGGGUCCAACUAAAUGACCAAUGUCUGAAUGAACAUACAAAUACAUAUGUUAUGUAGACUUGGGUUACAUGAAAGUGCCAAGACCUUGACCCCUGCUCGGAACCACCAAGGUCACAAGGUCAAAGGUCAUAGAGCAAAGGUUAAGGUGCUGGAGUUUUCAUAUAGCCCUUUUUUCCUUGAUAUGGCUGCAGGUCCAACUAAAUGACCAAUGUCUGAAUGAACAUACAAAUACAUAUGUUAUGUAGACUUGGGUUACAUGAAAGUGCCAAGACCUUGACCCCUGCUCGGAACCACCAAGGUCACAAGGUCAAAGGUCAUAGAGCAAAGGUUAAGGUGCUGGAGUUUUCAUAUAGCCCUUUUUUCCUUGAUAUGGCUGCAGCUGUCGAGUUUCACCUAGAGUCUCACGAUUAUAUACGGACGCAGAGUACAGUGUGGAAUAUAUUGUGCGUUGAAGCCUAUAUGCCACUGACUCAACAGUUAUAACAGGUUAUAACCUGCAAUCAGGUUAUACUGAUCAAUUCAUGCUAGUAUUAUAGGAUCCUGAGUGAUAAAAGUCAGGAUAUACUGUACAUUUAUUAGUCUAAUAACUUUACAGUUUAAAGUCAUUUUAGUGAGACUUCUUAUUGGAUUUCCAGCUGUGUGUCUGCCGAGGGGUACAUACAUUAAUCAAGCCAAGUUGGUUAUUUGAAAAAAAUGUAUUCCCUUUUUUUUCUCUUAUUAAUAGUUUUUUUUUAUACCCAACUUUCCCUGCUUAUUCUCAAGCGGUGAUUUGGAGAGAAAAAACGAUUUAGUUUAUUUAUUUAUUAUUAUGAUUGAUUAUUAUUAUUCCGUUUUCAGAAGAGAAAACCAUUUGUGAGACUGACAGAUGCAAAACUAUUUUAAAUACAAUAAUUUAAAAAAAAAAACCUUUACAAGCGACGAGAGGUCUAAUUGAACGUGUUGUUUUUAUCCACCUCGAAUGCAAAAUGUGUGAAUGUUGGGGAGUGACGAUGGGUUUGGCACAGAAACGUGGCUAGGUUUACACUGAGCAAAAUGACGAAGUUCAAACAUACAAGAUAAAUACUUGAGAAACCUCAUUAGGACAAUACUUAAGAUAUGCAUUUUGACUUUGUCUAUGGCAGUAUGUUUCUGUAUUGACCAAGUGAUUGAGUUAUGCAUUCUUUUAACACGUUAUUCUUUACUAAGGAGGGAAGCUAGUAUUAUUUGGGGGGGCGAGUAUAUGCUUCGAUUAUGGGACACGGAGGUAGAAGUUAAAGUUUCAUCACUUUACACACACACACUCACAAAAGGAUGUUUCGGUGUAAACCUAGCCAUAUACUUACAUGUAAUACAAUAUUAUUAUUUUUAACACUGUAUAAUCUUAAAGUGAUGGCUAAAAAAGGGGAAGUAGUAUUGACUGGUAACAUUUCUUUCCUUUUACAAAUUUUUUUUUUUGCUUGCGUUUAUAUAAUAUUGUUGUAGUAGUAGUAAUCUGUGAAGAAAAUUGUGCAUUUCAAUAUAUCCUCCCUUUCUCUCCAUUGUUAGGAUAGGUAGUUUAACCAAGGACGUUUUAACAUCUACAAACAUAUAAACCUUAUUACAUGUGUAAUGCAACAGUAGAUAUUGUGACAUUGUUAAAGACAGAACAGCGACAAAACACAGAGACGUUGUGUAACUGUAGAAACAUUGUGAAGCCAUUCUAACAUUGUGAUGAUAAUAGCAAACUGAAAUCCGGGCUGCUUAUGUGUGUAGUAGUAUUUGAGUAAUAUUUGAGUAGUAUUUGAGUAGUAUUUGAGUAGUAUAUCUGUAGUGGUAUUUUGUUUCUUAUAGGAUAAGCGAACAAUGCAAGACUAACAGGGAACAGAACAGAAAUGUUAGAAAUGUUUGAGAAUGAAACACAGCACUACAGACUCUGACGUUUUCAGAAGUUCUUUGUUGAUUGUUUCUUUAUGAUUUUUUUGGUUCCUUAGUCCCCCCCCCCCCCCCCUCAACUUUCUCUGUUUUGAUAUUUGCCUUUGUUGGGUGUUGUUAGGUUAAAAAAAAGAAAAGUAACACGAAAAAAAAAAAAGAGAAAACAACAAGUGCAUGCCAGAAUGUUAGGCUCUUUCUAUCUAUUAAAAGAGCUCACUUUUUGUGUUAGACUUAUAGAUAUUUACAAGGACAAAAAAAAAAGAAAAGAAAACAAGAACAAUAAAGGUGGGGUGGUGAGAUGUGUGUGUUUUACAGGGGCACAGACAACAAAACAAACGAAACGCCACGACAAUGUGAGAGUGUAACACAAGUGUUAUCAUGCACCACAAUGUACAAAAACACACAAACAUAAACAAAUGAAACAGAUAGCAUACCCACUGAACAUAAAUCGCACAAAAAGCCACGUGUGUAGGCUUCGGGCUACAUUUACCAUUUUCUUUCAUUCUUUCUUCCUUUCUUUCAUGCACACUCUCAAACAUACAGUAGAAUGUAGUGUGGGUCAAAAUUGUUUAUCAAGGUUAAGUUGACAUUUUGGUGAAAACAUUUGUAAGCAUGGUCUGAAAUGGUGAUGCCGGACAAGGCUUGACGGGUGGAAGAUUUAAAAACAAGAGUGUUAUCUGUUUAUAGCGUUAACUCAACAACCAACAUAACUAUGACAUUUUCAAUGGCACCACAGUAUCAGAACUAUCCUUUUCUCAAAUGUACUGUAUUUAUAUUUCAGUGGUAUAGGCAAUGGUUCAGUGGUAUAGGCAAUGGUUCAGUGGUAUAGGCAAUGGUUCAGUGGUAUAGGCAAUGGUUCAGUGGUAUAGGCAAUGGGCAAAGUAGUUGAUGUGUGGCAGGGCACAGAGAGAGAGAGAGAGAGUCAGCAUGGAAGACCAAUCUGAUUUAAAUUGUCCAUAGAAAUGGCAUCCAUUAGAAGUUUUGGGUCACACACACAUGCACACACACAUAUACACACACACACACACACACACACACACACACACACACACACACACACACACACACACACACACACACAUACAUACACAUACAUACACACACUUUUGGGUUAUGGCCUUGGCCCCAACACUGGGUUUGAUGGAGCCAUUACUAAACAACACAACACUAUAGCCAAGCAGUGGCAUAUACGCCUCAGGGACACAUUCUGUUGGAACUCAAUGUUUAAUGCAAAAUGCAAAAAUAAGACUUGGUCAAUACACAACAAUACAAUGGCAUAAAGGACAAGCUGGACCGUAUCUCAACAGUUAUAACACGUUAUAAAAGGUUAUAUAGAGGUUACAUGAUUUUUCAUGUCGUUAUGUUUUUCAAUACCCAACAAUACAAUGACACACUUACCAUAGAGGUCAAAAGGAUGGCUAUAUAGAGGUUAUAAAAGGUUACCAGAUUUUCCAUGUCAUUAUGGUUUGAAAUGACACACUAGCCCACUAAAUAUCAGGGUUUUAUAAGAGUCAAGGUUGUUGUUUCUCGGUGGGUUGUAAAGUAUUUUGUCGGGAAAAAAUUGACAGUAGCCUACUUUGGGUAAAUGGUUUGAAUACAACAGUAAAUCAGUGAGGGAG